AUGCUAUCGAGAUGCGCAAGAAUCACGAGAAGGACAUUACUGAGUUCAUCAUCCCCUAUAGAGAUCACCAAACUUGCUAAUGGUCUCAGGGUGGUCACUGAUUCUACUCCGGGGCACUUCUCUGCUCUUGGAGCAUAUAUAGACGCCGGACUGAGGUACGAAAAUGAUGAAACCUCGGGCCAUUCUCAUAUCAUGGACCGUUUAGCGUUUAAGAGUACUCUGAAUCGCAGUGGUAUUCAGAUGAUGGAUGACUUGGCUCGCUUGGGUGGCAACUUUAUGUGUGGUGCCCAGAGAGAAUCUAUCAUGUACCAGUCCCUGGUAUUCAACAAAGACGUCAAUAAGAUGUUUGACUGCAUUGCUGAGACAAUUCGUGAGCCAAAGCUUACCACACUGGAGAUAGCAGAGGCUGGUGAUACGGUCGCCUAUGAAUUAAGUGAGCUUGUCCACAAACAUGACUUAUUCCUUCCGGAAGUUCUACACGCAGCCGCUUAUCAAGAGAGUACAUUGGGAAGGCCUUUGCACGGACUGGCAGACUCUUUAAGUAGGCUAAGUCCAGAGGGUAUCGCUUCCUUCCACGAACAGUUCUAUACCCCCGAAAAUACUGUUGUUGCCAUGGUUGGCGUACCACAUCAAGAAGCUUUGAACAUGGUUGAGCUGCGAUUAGGAGAUUGGAAAAACCUGGGAAUCCCAAUUGUUCAUGAACCUGCUGUUUAUAGAGGUGGUGAAGUUUCCUUGCCCUAUCAAGAGCCACUUUACAGCAACUUACCUAAACUAGUACACAUGCAAAUAGCAUUUGAGACCGCUGGAUUGCUAAGCGAUGAAUUAUACGCAUUAGCUACUCUUCAGAAACUUUUUGGGGGUGGUUCAUCCUUCUCAGCUGGUGGUCCUGGAAAGGGUAUGUUCCUGAGACUUUUUCGGGUGUUGAAUCAACAUCCAUUUGUCGAGAAUUGCCUGAGUUUCAAUCAUGCCUACACUGAUCUGGGUCUUUUUGGAAUAACUAUUUCAUGCUACUUGGGCCACGAGGAGUAUAUGGCGCAGGUUGCUGCCCACGAGUUUGCCAAGGUGCUUGAGACAGACAUUAGUAAGGGCGGCAUAACCUCUCAAGAGUUCCGCAGGGCUAAAAACCAGCUCAUAUCUUCACUUUUGAUGAAUGUUGAGAGCAAAUUGGCAGCUUUGGAAGACAUUGGCCGCCAAGUUCAGUGCCAGGAUAAAAUAACCUCUGUAGAUGAGAUGGUAAAGAAAAUCGAAGCGCUCACAAUAGACGACGUGCGCAAGGUCGCUCAGAAGGUCUUUACAGGUAACGGCAAUGGUUCCAAGCAAAGUCCACCGUCAGUCGCAAUUCAAGGAGACAGAGCAGAGAUCGGUGACGUUGAAUUUGUUUUGCGUUACUUCGGUCUCGGAGCCUGGAAUUCACCAGCACCUUCUCAACCCCGCGACUACAGCAACCAGAAGUCAACCAUAAGGAAAUGGUUCUCGUAG